CAAAUAUUUAACAACCAGGUCACUGCCUCCAAAAAGCAUACGAAAAAGGAGAAAUGGCAGCAAUGGUAGCACGAGUAACUCUGGAUCACAUUGCCAGACAAUCCAACGACAUUAGGCGCCUCGCCGAUUUCUACAUAGAGACAUUUGGAUUCGAGGAGGUAGAGAGCCCAAAGAUUGGGCCACUCAAGGUAAUAUGGCUGAGUUUACCCUCAGGUUUUACUAUACACCUUAUUGAGUCCAACCCAAGUUACCCACCUAACCAGAGGAACGACACAUCACCGGGAGCCGACCCAGCCCGUAUUCCCAGAGGCCACCAUAUGUGCUUCUGUGUCUCCAAUUUCGAAACCUUUGUGCAAACACUCAAGGAAAAAGGAAUUCAGAUUGCUCAUAGGCCAGUUCAAUUUAAUCCAAAUGGCAGUAAGAAGAUCGACCAGGUCUUUUUCUUUGAUCCAGAUGGGAGAAAGUUUUUGCUGCCACAUGGGAAAGAUGAGUCUUGUUAGAUUCCUACGUGCUUUAUUGUGCAGGCAACGCUUUGGAAGUUUCUGACUCCACGGCACUACAAUGGAAUGCUCGAAAUGGCAAUGCAGAUUGAUGUGAAGCAGACAUUCAAUACAUUUUCAUAACAAUAAUCUGCAUCCCUUCAUUUAUGCAGUUGUAGUAACUCGGGUGUCGUUUAUAUAUAUCUAUGAUCAUUCUUGUCUGCUUUCGUAUUCAUCAUAGACAUAAGAUGUAAGUUCUUAUAUUGAACUUAGUCAUGUUUCUCUCGUAUUAUAGUGGCUACGAAUUAUAUAUAAACUUAUGGUAGAGAAGAGACCACUGUCUUUCUCUACUGUGUUGUACUGCAAGUCUUAUUGCUUGAAUGCAUGUUAUGCUAUA